GUUUUGUUCUGUCUUUUGUGUAUACUAUACACUAAUUUCAUUACAAACCAAACUAAAAUAAUAUACAUCGUUCAUUUCAUAUUCAACAGAAGGAAUCGGUUUUAAAACUCAAAGAGAAAAAUGAACAACCUUCGCGUAAUUAUGUCAGUGUUAUUGGCCGUUCUUGUCUUCACAGCGACUGUUUCAGAGUCUGCAGAGGAAAUGGGGAAGGGUGAGGUCACAAUCUCACUUAGAUGCAAAACGAAAACAGAAUGCUUAAAGAACAUUGCCUGUGAAGCUUGUGUCGAUUGUCGAUGCGAUAAAGGAAUUUGUAAAUGCCAUGGUUUCACAGCAGAAACCAACAAUCCAACCGUUUAACUCAUAUUUCUCCUAAAUGUUUUCUUUCUUUUUUAAUAUAAAAUGUAAAAGAAAAUAAAUCGCAAAGUUCAAUUAAUACACCAAUGAAAACUAUUUAUCAUUAUCAA